CUAUUGUAAUUCUCUUUGAUGUUGAACAUAAAAUCAUAAUGUCAUCCAAUAUAUUACAAUCAAUUACAAUUCUCUUUGAUGUCAUCCUGAUGAUUCCUUGUGAUUUCUCUUACUGCUAUUUUUAUUAGCAUUUAAUACCAAUAUUCAAAAUUUAUAAAUUUUAGUCAACUAUAUUAUAAAACUGAUUAUUAAAUUAUAAUUUAAAAUUUAUCCAAGUAUUAAAUAUGAUUUGUGCAGACAAGGAUUGUGAAAGUACCUGUAAUCAUACAAUAACUAAUGUAAAUGAAGUCAAGCGUGAUAAAAUGAAAGAAGCGUUGAAUGCUAUUGCUCAGGAAAUACUUCUAUUUCAAAAUCCAAAUAAUACAGUUUCAAAUGCGAAUAUAAUAGACGACGAAGACAUUAUAAACAAACUUAUAAAAUCAAAAUCUUCGCUAGCAUUCAAAAGAAAAAUGAUAAAAAAACUGAAGGAGAAAGUUAAAACAGCUUGUAUAGCCCAGGCUGCUAUUUCAGCUGGAGAAAAUGAAAGCACUUCCCUUAACGGCCAUUUGCAUCUUGCGAGAAACGAGUAUGCGGAUUUAUAUCAAAAAUACAGACAAACAUCACAAAUUAUUCAGACCACGACUAGAGACAACAAGGCGCUCCGUGAAGAAUUAGAUAACUUGUUUGAUUUUAUCAAACUUGGUUAUAAUGAAUUACAAAAAAUAAACAACAAAUGCUUACCUGAUAUUUCAGUCACGCAACAAUUAAAACAAAUUAUAAUAUGUUGUGGUCAAUAUUAUGCAGAUUACAACAACGAACGAGAAAUAAAUUUGCAACUGAGUCAAAAAAAUCGAUUCCUUAAUAAUAAAAUAAAUAUUUUAAAUAAUAGUUUAGAAGCUGUUACGGAAGAUUUGAAAAACUUACGCUGUCAGAAUGCAAGACUUCAGAAAGAAAAUAAUUCUCAUAGGGAAAGAAACGAGAAUUAUAAAGCAAAAUACGUAGUUCCCAUUUCUUUAGCAUGUCAUAAAAAAUAUCAAAAAAACUUUCAUAUGAGCUCGAAAAUAAAAUUCAUUAGAAAAUCGCCUGAUUUAGACGUUACGGUCCAUUUGUCUAUUAUAAAGAAAUUGCUUAGAGAUCAAGAUAAUUUGCUUAGAAGUCUGACAUCCUUGUCUAAAGAAAUUAUUUCUGAUUAGAUCAAUCAUCAAACGUAAUCAUUUAAAUUUUAUUAAUAAUUAGCAUAUUUAUUAGUUAUCAAAAUGGUAAAUAAAAAGUAAUACACCAACGUAACAAUAUUCAUUGAAGUAAAUUAUUUUCAUUUUUCAUACAAUUAUAUUAUUAAAUAACGUCAAUAAAUUAAAGUAACAAUACAAAUUGUUCAAUCAUGAGUUUUUAUUAACCACGAUAAUUUGUAAUCUACUUACCAAUAUAGGCAUAGAUACCCCCAUAGGCAGGUAUAAGGUUCGUUUGG